AUGUUAUUAUGGCUCCUCCCCUACGUGAUCCUCGUCGCAGCCCUCGCCAAAGUCGUGCAGAGGUUUCGCUCCCCCGUGGCCAAAUUGCCAGGCCCCCAAUACACGGCCUGGACAUCGCUGGUGCUCAAGUACCACGAAUUCACGCACGGGCGACGCCUGUACAUCCACGAUCUCCACCAAAAGUAUGGACCGGUCGUCCGACUGAGCCCUAACGAGGUGUCGUUCGCGACCGCCGACGCGGCCAAGGAGAUCUAUGUGUCGGGCGGCAGCGGGUACGACAAGACGCCCUUCUACUCGCUAUUCACGCAGUUUGGGACGCGCACACUGUUUUCGACGCUCCCGCGGGCGGAUCACAGCUACAUGAAGCGCUAUCUAGCCGACCGGUAUGCCAACACGAGCAUCAUGAAACCCGACGUCCUCAACGGCAUCUCCCAGCAUGCGCGGGACUUUCUGAACAAGUGUCUGGAUCAAUGUCAUGGGAAUGAUGGGUUCGCUGACAUCUAUGUAUCUCUGCACUGCUUCGCGCUGGACGGAGUGACGCAUCAGCUGUUUCAUCCGUACGGUACGCAUGCCAACAGGGACGAAAAGGAUCUGCGUCUGAUGCAAGAACUGUCUUAUCAUGACAGCUUGAAAAGCAAUAUCGCCAUCUAUUACAUGCCGUGGCUCUCCGGUGUGAUCCACUAUAUCAGCCCGCCCAAGCCCGCACCUUUAUCGAAUGACUACGUCCUCAGGACCAGCGCACUUCCGUCGCCGUCGCCGUUCAGCCUCCUCUCGAAGCUUCAGGCACAAGCCAAGGCCACCGACAUGGCCCCCUACGCCGUGCCCGCCGAGUGCAAGGACCACCUGGCAGCAGGGGUCGACACGACAGGCGACGCGCUCUGUUUUCUGAUGCACCACCUCUCUCUACCCACGCCGACAUCGCAGCGUAUUCAGGGCCUUCUGCGCAAAGAACUUACCGAAAACGCCGCAGCCCCUUUCGAUCAACUUCCCUACCUCGACGCCGUGGUCAAAGAAGGCCUCCGCUGUUUCCCCCCAAUACCCAUGUCAAUGCCGCGAUACGUGCCUUCCGGGGGCAGCACGAUCGAAGGCUACUUCAUCCCGCAAGGAACCAUCGUGAGCUGCCAGGCGUACACGCUGCACAAGGACCCUACCGUGUUUCCGCAACCGUUGGAAUUCCUGCCAGAGCGCUGGCUCGACAAGUCCGGCGAGGCCGAGAGAAACAGGUUAUCCUUCGCCUUCUCCCUCGGCGGAAGGGGGUGUCUGGGUCGGCACCUCGCAAUAGCUGAGAUGAAACUCCUCCUCCGCGAGGUCUAUUCCCAGUGCCGCACGACCCUGUCCAGCCGGAUGGACAGCGACAUGGACAUGGAGGACCAGAUCAUCGCCAGCCGGCCAAAGGGCCAGAGCUGCAAGCUGGUCUUCGAGAAGGUCGUCGCAUGA